AUGGCUAGAUACUCAAUGGGUUUCCUUGUCGCCCUCGCCUUGUGUGCCUGCAUGCUUAGCGCUCUAGCGGCACGGGACCUCACCGACGAUAGCUCCACAAUCGCGAGGCACGAGCAAUGGAUGGCCAAGUACGGGCGUGUGUACAGCGAUGCAGCUGAGAAAGCACGACGGCUAGAGGUGUUCAAAGCCAACGUGGAGUUCAUAGAGUCGGUGAAUGCUGCGAACGACAAGUUCUGGCUUGAGGCCAACCAGUUCGCAGAUAUGACCAACGAUGAAUUCAGGGCUACUCAUACAGGGUAUAAACUUCCGGUGGGUGGUAGCAAGGGCCAGAAGAUGACGGGCUUUAGGUACGCGAAUGUCAGCCUUGACGCUCUCCCAACUUCCGUGGACUGGAGAACCAAAGGCGCUGUCACUCCCGUCAAGGAUCAAGGCCAAUGUGGGUGCUGUUGGGCGUUCUCCACAGUUGCCUCCAUGGAGGGCAUUGUGCAGCUCAGCACCGGCACACUGAUCUCUCUAUCGGAGCAGGAGCUCGUGGACUGCGACACCUCGGACAAUGGCUGUGGCGGCGGGCUCAUGGACAAUGCCUUUGAGUUCAUCGUCCAGAAUGGCGGCCUCACCACCGAGACAAACUACCCCUACACCGGCACAGAUGGCACAUGCAACUCCAAUAGGGCGUCCAGCUCCGCCGCAUCCAUCAAGGGGCAUGAGGACGUGCCAGCCAACGACGAGGCAUCUCUACAGAAGGCGGUGGCAGCACAGCCUGUGUCUGUGGCACUUGAUGGUGGGGACGACCUCUUCCGGUUCUACAAGGGUGGUGUGCUAUCUGGUGACUGCGGAACGGACCUCGAUCAUGGUGUUACUGUGGUCGGGUACGGUGUGGCUGAUGAUGGAAAAAAGUUUUGGGUGAUAAAAAACUCAUGGGGAACAUCAUGGGGUGAGGAUGGUUAUAUCAGAAUGGAGAGGGACAUCGCCGACAAGCAAGGCCUAUGCGGUCUCGCCAUGCAGCCUUCCUACCCGACGGCUUAA